AUGCGGCCUCACGUCGUCUUGUCUUCGCUGGCCAGCGUCGCCAUUCUUGUCCCCGCCGCCUCCGCUGCACGUUUCGACGCAUACCCCGAAUAUCGCCACGACGCCUCCGCUACUGCCGUGAGAGCCAAGUCUGACCUCUUUCCCUUCCUGAAAAGACUUCGGAAUGGCGUCGUUGAAUUCGUCUUCGGACCCCAUCCUGCCAAAGCUAGCCACCUGACAUCUCACGUCCGAACAAGCCUGCGAGACGAUCACAUCAAUGAGGUCGUCUUGCGCUUCAAUCUCACCACCGCGGAAGAAGAGUCUGCCUUUGCCGCCGCCGCCGCCCGUACCUUUCUAGACAUUUGGGCCUUCAACCAUGAAUUCGUCGAUGUUCGAAUUCGCCAAGACAAUGUUCGAUCGCUGCUUGGGCUUCUGCCCGACUCUCUGAAAUCAGCUUACUCGACGUUGAUAUCGGAUGUAGCAGCCGCUGUGUACGACACAUAUCCUGCCGUCGAUGUCCCGGCUCAGACUUACCGCAUCCCCGAUGGUCGCGCAAACCUCAAGAAUGCGCAAAACGGGAAUGAGAACUAUUUUUUCCAGGAUUACCAGAGGCUUGAUACAAUCGUCCAAUGGAUGCGCUUAACCGAAGCUAUGUUCCCAGCCAUCACCGAAGUUAUAACCAUUGGGCAAUCCUCUGAACAACGAGAUAUUCUCGGUCUCAAGGUUGGCAUGAAGACCCAGGCGCCAGGCAGCGAAAAGCGGAAGACAGUCGUUGUUGCGGGAGGGAUGCAUGCAAGAGAGUGGAUUUCCACGACAACUACCAACUAUGUCGCUUGGUCAUUCAUUACGGCCUUCGGCAGGGAGCCCAUGAUCACCAAGCUGCUGGAGCACUUCGAUUUCAUCUUCAUCCCGGCUGUCAACCCCGACGGUAUCGAGUACACCUGGACUACAGAUCGACUGUGGCGCAAGUCCCGGCAGGAGACGGGUAUGUCUUGGUGCCACGGUUUCGACCUCGACCACGCCUUUGGCUAUGAAUGGGGCGACUACUCCGAAAACGACCCUUGCUCUGAGAGCUAUGGCGGUAAACAGCCAUGGCAGGCUGCCGAAGCCAGAGCUGUAGCACUCUGGGCGAGGAAUGCAUCCUUGGAGGAUACCGAGUUUAUUGGUCUCAUUGACCUGCACUCCUAUUCUCAACAGGUGCUAUUUCCCUUCGCAUACUCCUGCGACGUCGACCCGCCCAAUGUCGAGAACCUCGAAGAGCUCGCUGCUGGGCUUGCCAAGGCCAUCCGUCUGUCCAACGGAGAGCUGUACUCGGUCACAUCGGCGUGCGAAGGAGCUGUCGCAGGACGAGGCUCUGCUCCAGGUGCUAAGCGUCUUGAGACAGGCGGUGGAUCGGCCAUUGACUGGUUCUAUCAUGAACUGCACGCGCAUUAUAGUUACCAGAUCAAGUUGAGGGAUACCGGCAGCUACGGCUUCCUUCUUCCCAGGGAAAACAUCAUUCCCGUCGGCGAAGAAAUAUUCAGCGCGAUGAAGUACUUUGGAGACUAUCUCCUUGGCAACAACGGAAUCGAGAAGUCCGUAGGAGCCUUGACACCAACAUCCGACGAACCGGAUCGUAGUCUGGAGCUUCGACGACUCAGAAAGCGCAAAUAG